UUCUUCUUCUUCUGUUACUUACGAAACAUAAAUUAGCAUUCCGCGAACGCUUUCGGAUUUCCUUUUAUUGUUAACAUUAGGAGUAAUUCUUUCGUUGCAGCAGACGUAACCCUUCAGCUUUCACUCGUUUAAGCUCUCUUUCUCUUGGGAGCCAGAAAUCCCUAACAAUUCCGCUCCAUUGUUACUUCUCUGUUCAAACAAAGGAAGAAGAAAGAAGCCCUAAUACUAAGACUCUGAGCACUGCAAAUAUGGAGCGACAGAGUCAUGGGGGAAUGUGGAUGAGAGGCGAAACCAUUGGCCGAGGGAGCUUCGGUACUGUUUCUUUGGCUACCGCAAAACACAAGUCCAAGAAGCGUCGGGGCCAUUUUCCGUCAUUGAUGGCUGUGAAAUGGGCUGAGGUUUCCCGCUCCGAAACGCUUCAGAAGGAGAGAGAGAUACUCACUAGACUCCAAGGAUGCCCUCACAUUCUGCGCUGCUACGGUGACGAGAUCACUACUGGGAAUGGUGAGUUAACCUACAAUGUCUUGCUGGAGUACGCUUCUGGAGGAACCCUAUCUUCUCGGAUUAAGAAUUCCAGUGGUGGAUUGCCGGAAGCCAAUGUUAGGCGCUACACCCGCUCGAUUCUUCAGGGUCUUGAUCAUAUUCACGAGCAUGGUUAUGUUCAUUGCGAUAUCAAGCCUCAGAAUAUUCUGCUCGUGCGUUGCUCGUUUCCUUCUUCGAGCACAAGUCAUAAUAAUGACUACAUCGCCAAGAUUGCUGAUUUUGGUUCCGCCAAGAAUACCGUGCAGGAACAGAGGAAGAGGAAGGACUUCCAUUCUUUGUCUUUGAGAGGAACCCCUCUUUAUAUGUCGCCUGAAUCUGUUGCAGGUAUGGAACAGGAAGCUCCCUCGGAUAUAUGGGCUCUUGGGUGUGUCGUGGCGGAGAUGAUUAGUGGCAAGCCUGCCUGGAAUUGCGAGCCUGACAUGGAUGUUGAUGAGCUUCUUUCCCGGAUUGGCUCUGGCAAGGAAAUGCCUAAAACCCCCAGUGAGUUGUCAAAAGAAGGGAAGGAUUUCUUGAAAAGAUGUUUUGUGAGGACUAGCAUGUUUAGAUGGACUGCUGCCAUGCUUUUGCAUCACCCGUUCGUAUCAGAGGAUCCACAAUUGCCAAAUGAUUCAAAGGUUCAAUUGGCGGGUAGUUUUGUGGAAGAACUUGCGUUGGGAGGUCGAAAGAGGAGGAGGAUCAGUGGCUCUGAUAAAUCUUCUGCUGCUGAAAAUGGAUUCAAACCAGAAUCCAAGGCUUCAAUUACUACCAGGCAGGAGGAUUGCUGUUCAAUUAGAAGAUUGCCGCAGCUUCUUGACAUUGAAUUGCCAUAUCUUUGGUAUCCUAGUGAACUAUCUGUGAACAAAAAAGGGUUAGGAGGAACUGAUCAUUGAAAAUGAUUUUGACUUUUACUAGGGUAACUUGCCUGUAGGGAUAGAUAUUAUUUAGAUUCUUUAGCUUGGUUGCAUUGAUUUUGGGAAAUUGUAAUCUUGGAUAUAGAUGGAUACUCAACAGGGAAUCCUUGUGUAAUCAAGCUCAUGAAAAUUCAGAUGGUAUAGCCUCCGGUGUUUAUACAUGUAUACAAACACUUGUUCUUUUACUGUUUAA